GGCCGGCACCAGCAAAGGGGGUAUCGCCGCACCCCGCGCCCGCCGCCGCCGUCGUAAUGCUGGUGCUGCUGGUGGCGGUGCUGGCCCUGGCGCUUGCCUUCUUCGCGCUGUCGGACGGCUGGUACCUGGUGCGUGUGCCGUGCGCCGUGCUGCGCGCGCGCCUGCUGCAGCCGCGCGUCCGCGACCUGCUGGCCCAGCAGUGCUUCCGGAGCCGCGUGCUACCCUCGGACUUGGACCUGCUGCUGCACAUGAACAACGCGCGCUACUUGCGCGAAGCCGACGUGGCACGCUGUGCGCACCUGACUCGCUGCGGGGUGCUCGGGGCGCUGCAAGAAUUGGGGGCGCACACCGUGCUAGCCGCCUCGUGCGCGCGCUAUCGCCGCUCCCUGCGCCUGCUGGAGCCCUUUGAGAUGCGCACCCGCCUACUGGGCUGGGACGACCGCGCCUUCUAUCUGGAGGCGCGCUUUGUCAGCCUGCGCGACGGCUUCGUGUGCGCGCUCCUGCGCUUCCGACAGCACGUGCUGGGCGCUUUGCCCGAGCGCGUUGUGCAGCACCUGUGCAAGCGCAGGGUGGAACCCCCGGAGCUACCAGAAGACCUGCAGCACUGGAUCGCCUAUAACGAGGCUAGCAGCCAGCUGCUUCGUGCUGAGAGUGGGCUCAGUGAUGCUACCAAAGACCAGUGACCGCCAUCUCCACACCCUGCCCAUCCUGGCCACCAACAUCAGCCUAGGGGCACUGCCCAC